CCAGCAUCCCUUGCACUUCCGCUUUGUUUGCAGAAUCUAGCGAACGAAAACAAGAUGCUGUAGUUAAACGCCACCAAGUGCGGUAAUCAAUGACAGCUUAUUUCAUUUUCUGAAGUUGGCGCAUCCCAUCUGAAAGCAUGCAGUUUUCUCCAAACAACGGAGACUUUACAUUUGUCUCCUCGACAGAGGCGCAAGAGCUCAGUGGCACAAUUGAAACCCCUGAUAUCAAGCUGAAUAUGGGCAGUGAUGGUGGCAGAGAUCCAUACGCUACGGCUUUCCUUAGACAGCGAGGGUAUGGUUGGCUGCUGGAGGUGGAGGAAGAUGAUGGCGAGGAGAGCAAACCUCUUUUAGAUGAGCUGGACAUCGACUUGAAGGACAUCUAUUACAAGAUCCGCUGCGUGCUGAUGCCGAUGCCAUCGUUGGGGUACAACAGACAGGUGGUCCGAGAUAACCCGGACUUCUGGGGCCCUCUUGCUGUGGUGCUCCUCUUCUCUAUGAUUUCCAUCUACGGACAGUUCAGGGUGGUUUCCUGGAUCAUCACAAUCUGGAUUUUUGGAUCACUCACAAUUUUUCUCUUGGCUCGUGUUCUUGGCGGUGAGGUUUCCUACGGUCAGGUUCUCGGAGUGAUCGGAUAUUCCCUCCUUCCUCUAAUUGUUAUAGCCCCUUUGCUUCUUGUGAUCGGAGGUUUUGAGGUGAUUUCUACUGUUAUCAAACUUUUUGGAGUGUUCUGGGCUGCUUACAGCGCGGCGUCACUGCUUGUUGGAGAUGAAUUUAAAACAAAAAAGCCUCUUCUCAUAUAUCCGAUUUUCCUUUUGUACAUUUACUUCCUAUCGCUCUAUACCGGUGUGUGACCAGAUGAGAUAGAGCUAUGGACUUUUUCAUGGACAGUGACGCUAAUCCCACAUUGUGAAAGAUUCAUUGGGGGUGUUGGCAUUAUAUGUUUCUUGUGUAAAUAUUUUCACCUUUAUGUCUUCUUCAUGUUCAAUCAAAAAGCAUCCGCUUUCACAGUUUCAACCUUGCAAUCCUCAUAAUACUAAGUGCAAUAGACUGAAGAGUCUUCAUUUACAAGUUUCUAAAGGUUGACAUUAAAGAGCAAAUAUUGGAAUCUGUUCUGCAAAUAUGGAAGAAAAUGUUUGUGCUUCAGGAUUAUUUAAGACACUAUUCUCUUCAUUUCAGACUGCAGGAAGAAAUGAUUUUAUUUCUUUGUCUUUUACGCAAUGUAACAUACCAAUGAAAUAAUACGUAAGAGUUAUUUUAGCUUUUCACUCAUUUGAAAAGAAAAUGGCAACUGUUGCUCUGUUUUUUCAUGGGCUGUAGAUUGUUUAUGAAAUUACAGCAAGAAUAAAAAUGGUUGUUUAUGUUUA